AUUCACGUAGAACAGCUGAUUUAAUUCCCCCUUAUGACAUGACUUGAAAACCAGCCGCAUGGAUCACAUUCCUGUCUCGGGGUCCUUAUCUCCCACCGGCAGCAGAGACAGAGGGGGAGCCCAGGAGCAAGAGAAGGGAAGGACUGGGAGAGGCCGGACACCUCCAGCUAUGAAACGCCCCGCAAGUCCAACACAUUCCCCCGAUUCCACCAUUCCCAUGCGUCAGAUUGGACAGACGGACAGCGCAGCUCUGGAACUCCAGUCGGGGAGGGAGAAGAAACUGCCGUCUUUCACCCUGUGCCACGUCUGUAACAUCCAACUCAACUCUACUGUCCAAGCUCAGAUCCAUUAUAAUGGCAAAUCCCACCAGAAACGACUCAAACACAUCAACAAAGCGAGAAGCCCCUCUGUCCAUGGUGCUCCAGCCCAUGGUGGUCCUUUUUUGGCUUCUCUUGGCUUCCCCAGUCGGCCCCUCCAGACCCACCUGGACAUCAAACAUCUUCUGACUUUCAGAAUAAAUGGAGUGUCUCCUCUUAGCCUCUUCCCCAACUUCAAUGCUAUGGACCCCGUGCAGAAAGCGGUUAUUAAUCACACAUUCGGGGGGCCAACGCCGCCAAAAAGGAGACCUUUUAUAUCCUGUAAUAUUUGUCAUCUCAGGUUCAACUCCCUGAACCAGGCCGAGGCCCAUUACAAAGGGCACAAACACGCGAGGAAGCUGCGAGCAUUGGAGGGUUCAAGGCACAGAAAGAAGCAGCGAAAUGUCAGUCGAGAAAGAGCAGCGCUGCCCCCGCUGGACAACAACAGAAAGGCCGAUGCCCACGACCCCAUUGAACAUAAUGACAUUUCUGGAGAGUGCGGGGAGGAAGCAGAGCAAAGCCCGUUACCCCCGACCCCAGAACCUGCCCUGGAGGAACCAGACGAGGAUUGUGCCUCCCCAGAUGUGUCCGACAGCUCAAUUGAGCCCCUGGAUUCUGCAGCUCCGAUGGCUCCUUAUAGUCCUGGGAAAGGCUCAGAGGACAGCAGUGUUUCUACACAAGAGAGUGAAAAGGAGCAAAAGAGCCGGGAGCACUUGUACUGCACCACCUGCAAAGUCACUGUGAAUUCUGCAUCCCAACUGGAAGCUCAUAAUGCUGGUGCAAAGCACAAAUCCAUCCUGGAGGGACAAACCACCCCACCAAGGAGAGGCAGGGGCAAAGCUCUUAACAGGACAGGCCGCAAGCCAAAAAGGAUCGGCAACAAAGCCAGCGUUGGUAUCCAGAAUAAGACUUUCCACUGCUCCGUGUGUGAAAUUCACGUCAACUCCGAAACACAACUCAAACAGCACAUGAGCAGCAGGAGACAUAAGGACCGACUGGCUGGGAAACCGCCAAAGCCUAAAUACAGCCCAUUUAGUAAAUUACAGAAAAACGCAGCUUUAGUGACCCGACUGGCUCUACACAAGCACCUCACUAGGACUCUGGCUGCCCGUUUUCUGCCCAAUCCUAUGACUCCGCAUACAGUCUGCACCCUCCCCGGCCCCCUGACAUUGCGCCCAGCCACGGCAGCCGCCCUCUUCCAGACCCCUCUGAUUGGACCAGCUCUGUUCCGUAGCCCCACCCCUUCUCUGCGGCCGCCUCCCACUCCCAUAAUGUUUGCUCCAUAUUAGGGACGAGCCCCGCGCAGGACUAUGGGGGGUUCCUGCAGCAAUAUCGACACUGCUUCCUCCUGGGGUGCCAAAUUAUAUAUCAUCAUUGCUUCGCACGUGACCCAAAAUUAGCUGGACUGGGGGGCAGCCCAUGUCUAUUGGUUAGCUAUGGACGGACUCUACCUCUCAGCAUUGCGCUGGGGCCAAUAAUAAUAAUAUUGGCAAAGAGCAAUAAGAUUGUCAGCAAGACAAACGGGUAAUGACUGGGAAUCCCAUGUGUCACUGGGAGGUGGGGGGGUCUCUGUGCAAUACUAAUGCCCUUCCCCCGAAUACUAUGGAGCUGGGCUGCCGGGGUGCAGGGAGUUGUAUGCCAGACAGUUUCACAUGUUCUAUCCCUGCACAAUGGAUUUUGGUGCUCACUAUACACACACAAUAUAUUCUCCAUUCCUAUAAACCCCCGACCAGAGGCUCAAUGGAAAACUCACUGUAUCAACCGACCAAAUAAUAAUCAAACCCCAAAUAAUAGAACUUUAGGGUAGGGAAGAUGAGGUGUAACAUUAAUGAGACUACUGGAAAGAAUAAGAUUGCAGAUUGUAAUAGAUAUAUAUAUUCAGUAUGAGAGAGAGAGAGAUAUGAAUACAAUUUGUAGACUAAAUAUUAAUGACACCCCCAGGCUAUAAACUGGGGUCACUCCUGGUGGAGGUGGAAAAGUCAUGGGAUUUCUCUAUUGCACAAAGGCUGUAAAUCAUCCCUAGAGCAAUUAUGGAACAGAUGUAUUUAUAAGAAAUUAAAUCUAGUUACCUGGAAAUAUUUAUGAUCCCCGUGGGCUUCGUUUGUUUUGCCUGCCCAGUUUAGUUCCCCUUUAAUUGCACUUUAGUCCAGUGUAGGGCACAGUAGCAUUGCGUCAUUAUUAUUAUUGGGGGGUCCCGGCUGUAUCCGGAGAUGCAGCUCAUUCUACACAAGAACCAGCUCUAGACAGAGCCAACACUUGCUGCUUUAUCCUAAUGGCCCCCAUAUAUUUUAGGCAGUGAGUAUUUGGGGGGCCCUUGUGAUGGGGUUUUCUUGUGGCCCCCCAGUGCUCCAGGCAACACAUUUUCGAUACAGACACGACGGGGGGGGGCAUGAGUACAAGGGAAAGCAGUGGGUGCCCAUAGAGAACUGUGGGUGAUGCCCACAGAGACAACAUUUCAAAAAAGAGAUGUGAGAACCUCCAACAAUAAU